UCGUACCGUUUAGCACCGGCCUUGCCCACAGGUCACCACUCAGACACUAGUCGCCCGGGGCGUCAGGUCCGUCCGCGCUUCCGGCCGGCCGGCUUCCGUAGCAGCGCCGGAUCUCGCGAGACCCGGGCCGAGUGCCUCCGCGAGCGCGUCCCGGAGGCAAUCGUGCCGGGCCCGUCGGCCGCCUGCGGGAGCGCAGACCGCCAUGGACCGCGACCUACUGCGGCAGUCGCUGGGCUGCCACGGGCCGGCGCUGUUGGCGCUGCUGCGGAGCGAGCAGCAGGACAACCCGCACUUCCGGAGCCUGCUGGGCACCGCUGCCGAGCCGGCCCGCGGUCCCGCUGCCCCGGGAGCGCCCAGGAAGGAGCGGAGAGCGGACAGCGCCGAGGUCCAGACGUUCAUCUCCAAGAAGGCUGACCUGCUCUUCGCGCUGUCCUGGAAGGCGGCCGCCCCCGCCGCCCCCGAAGUGCACGAGGACGGAGACCAUCACUAUGCCGUCAUGCCGCCGCUGGAGCAGUUCAUGGAGAUCCCCGGUGUGGACCGCAGAGACCUCUUCUUCCGAGAUGUAGAGCGGGGAGACAUCGUCAUUGGGAGAAUCAGCUCCAUCCGGGAGUUCGGGUUUUUCAUGGUGUUGAUCUGCCUGGGAAGCGGCAUCAUGAGAGACAUCUCCCACUUGGAGAUCACAGCGCUGUGUCCAUUAAGAGACGUGCCUCCUCACAGUAACCAUGGCGAUCCUUUGUCCUAUUAUCAAACCGGUGACAUAAUUCGAGCUGGAAUCAAGGAUAUUGACAGAUACCAUGAGAAGCUUGCCGUGUCUCUGUACAGCUCGUCUCUCCCACCUCACCUCUCCAGCAUUAAACUGGGUGUGAUCACUUCUGAAGAGCUCCCUUUGUACUACAGGAGAAGUGUUGAACUACAUAGUAAUUCUUUGGAGUCCUAUGAAAAUAUCAUGCAGAGUUCUCUGGGAUUUGUUAAUCCAGGAGUAGUUGAAUUCCUUUUAGAAAAACUAGGAAUAGAUGAAUCUCAUCCACCAUCUUUAAUGCGAGGCCUCCAAAGCAAAAAUUUCUCUGAAGAUGAUUUUGCUUCUGCGUUAAGAAAGAAACAGUCUGCGUCUUGGGCUUUAAAAUGUGUGAAGAUUGGAGUGGAUUAUUUCAAGGUUGGACGCCAUGUGGACGCUAUGAAUGAGUACAAUAAAGCUCUAGAAAUCGACAGACAGAAUGUGGAAGCUUUGGUAGCUCGUGGAGCUCUAUACGCAACAAAAGGAAGUCUGAACAAAGCAAUAGAAGACUUUGAGCUUGCGCUAGAAAACUGCCCAACUCACAGGAAUGCGAGAAAGUACCUCUGCCAGACGCUUGUGGAACGAGGAGGGCAGUUAGAAGAAGAGGAGAAGUUUUUAAAUGCUGAAAGUAACUAUAAGAAAGCUUUGGCUCUGGAUGAGACGUUCCAAGAUGCAGAGGAUGCUUUGCAGAAACUUCAUAAGUACAUGCAGAAAUCUUUGGAAUUAAGAGAAAAACAAGCUGAAAAAGAAGAAAAGCAGAAAACAAAGAAAAUAGAAACAAGUGCAGAAAAGUUGCGUAAGCUCUUAAAAGAGGAGAAAAGGCUAAAGAAGAAAAGAAGAAAAUCAUCGUCUUCCUCUUCAAGUGUUUCUUCUGCGGAUGAAUCCGUUUCUUCCUCCUCAUCCUCUUCCUCUUCUGGUCACAGACGGCAUAGGAGGAGUAAGAGGGCUCGUUCCGAGUCUUCCCGUGGCUCCAGAAGGCACUGGUCCAGGGCAGCCUCAGGUCACGGAGAUCCGGGUAGGAAAGAUGAGUGCUACCCAGUCCCCACUGACACCUCGGCGUCUUUCCUGAACCAGAGACAAGAGGUGGAAAAACUGCUAGAAAAGCAGGCCGGGUCCCAGUGCCAGAGCACACAGGUAGAGGAGAAGGAGAAAGGGCCUCUCUCUUCAUCGUCAGCUGACGUGCCGGCUGGUUGCAGAGGUAGGUCUGAAGAGCCAAGAGGUUUUUACGAUGGCUCCGAACCCCAGGCAGGUAGUAGCAAGACGGAAAAGCCAUAUAAACCAGAAAGACAUUUUCCCGGUAGAAGUUCCUCGGAUUCCUUCUGUAGAAAUUCCGAGGACAGAGUCAAAGGGUCUGGUGCCAGGAGAUUGGAGGAGGCCGCGGCGGGGAGAAGAGAGCACACCCGGCGCUGGGAGCCCUGCUCUGCGAGGCACCCCACUUCCCCUGCACGGUCAGACCACUCUUGGAAACCAGUUGAAAAACACAGAAAGAACGCCCGUUCUGGGUCACGUGACCUCGGGAGACCCGAGCAGAGGUGUCGCAUCCACACACAGCAGGGGGCGUGUGAAAGAGGGGACGUCUGUCGGGAGGGCACUGGUACAGGGGCUCCAGAAGACAGGCCAAGCAGCAAGGUGCACCCUGAAAGCAGCGUUAAGAGACACCUACCUCAGAAUUUACUCAACAUCUUUAACCAGAUAGCUGAAUUUGAGAAGGAAAAAGGAAAUAAGCCAAAGUGAUUGCUAAGGAAAUGUAUUCCGUUGCACUAAACUGUCAGAGGUCUGGGGUGUCAGUCCUAACAGCUCUGCUUCUAAGAGUACUUGGAGCAAUUAGAAAAAGGCUUUCAAGCACCAGUUCAGCCCCAGGCCCCCUUGUAGUCAGUGCCUGGGGGUUUAUGGCUGGCCUGUGGUAGAGGGGUCUUACUCCCGACAAUUUCCGCUUAACCUAAAGAUACUUCUGAGAGCACUUUUUUUUAUUUCAUUGUGGUUUGUGAGAGUCCUGGGCCCAUCUUAUCUCGCAGUUGGAGAGAAAAUUAAAUUUAUGUUUUGAACAGUUGGAUUGUUUUUGAUCAAAAAAGUGUUUUAUUCUGUUGUUAAAAGCCCUGUAGCCUUUGAAAAAGAUGCUUGAAUGUUUCAUAGGUACUGUUUUAAAUCAUUUGUUUAAAGUAUUCAAUUUUUUACAAUAAAUAUUCAUAAAUGAUAAA